GACAAGCAGAUAGUUGGCAGAAGGAGUUCCAACCCGGGAAGGGAGGGAAGACACCAGCACAGAUGCUCAGGGUUGCUUUGGCAUCGGUGUGCCGGAUGGCGAAGAGCUCUACCCAUUCUCCAGUCCCUGGACUCAAUACCACUUCAACUCUCCAUCCUCCAUUCAUUAGCACCGACGCAACUGUGAUGAUGACCCACUUUCCAGCCACGACAGCAAGGCAGUGCCAGAACGGGGGCACCUGGGAUGGAAAGCAGUGUCGCUGUAAACAAGGCUACUUUGGUUACUCUUGCCAGUCCCUCUUGGACUCCAUCCCCAUAGACAUCCCAGAAAAAAUCAAUGCCACAUUAGGUGUGAUAGUGAAAGUGGUUAACAGGAUUUUCACAGAAGAGCUGCAAAACACAUCCUCUCCAGCAUACAGGACUUUCAAUGAACUCUUCAAAAAGCGGAUGGAUGACAUUUACAGGGACAAAGACUUUCCCCAGUACAGAGGCGUGAACAUUACGAAGCUGCUGAGCGGCAGCGUGGUGGUGGAACAUGACGUGCUCCUGGAGGCAAACUACACCCCCGAGUUUAAGGAAGCAUUUGCUAACCUCACCAAGCUCGUGAAGGUCAAGAUCGUUAACAAAACCCAAAGUCUACCCAACGAUUAUGACACGUGCCAAAAUCCCUCCAUCCUCUGCUUCAGCGAGGAGAGCCCUCGCGUGAGUGACAGCGCCACGCUGAGCUUUGACCCCCAGGAGCAAUGUGCCAGCAAGGCCGCCGAGGACUUUGCCCAGUUCUACUUUGUGGAGGAGCUGGACGGGAAACUGACCUGCGUCAACAACUGCACCCCGGGGACAAGGGUGCAAAUGGACUGUCACCAGGGGAUGUGCCAGCUGCAGCGCAGUGGCCCUCGUUGCCUGUGCUCGGAGACGGACACCCACUGGAACUGGGGGGAGACCUGUGAGCGGAGCACAAGCAAGGCCCUGGUGUACGGCAGCGUGGGGGCUGUGGCCGUGCUGCUGGUGGUUGUGGUUGUCACCCUGGCCAUCUUCCUUGGCCAAUCCCGGUCGAAACUGCACAGCAGGCACAAGUACGACGUGUCUCACGAGUGGCAAAGAGAAGACGUCCCUGGCAGUUUCCAGAACACGGGCAUCUGGGAAGAUAAGAGCCUGAAGGAGGACAAAUUUGGCCUUGAGUCCGUCUACAGCCACUUCCAUCCCACCCUAGAGAACGUGGACCCUACGGCAGAGCUCCACUUUCAGAGGCCCAAGGUGGUGACACCCCCACAGUGAGCCGGACAGGAGCUCCCUUCCCCCAACCUGGACCUGAACAAGAGGAUGGAAGCAGGGGGAGCAGCCAGGUCAGGCCCCUGAGAGGCCGGGGCCCACCUCGGGGCUGGCAGGAGCUGGCCCCAGCGAGAUACCUGCCUCUGUUCCCAGGGGUGCCUGCCAGAGGGGCCGGUGGGGACCCCCUGGCCCUGGCUCUGUCCAUCCCGGAGCCACAGCACCUUGCCAUCCUUCUUUGCUCUGUGGUGACUCCCCACUCUGGAAUCUCCCCACCAA